UGGAGUCUGGAGAUCGCUUAGUUUACCAAACCAUUCGGAUACUUCAGUCGGUGUCAAACUCUGGUGACGUGCAGGGAGCGCGUUCGAAAAUAAGGACACGAUGUUACAAGUGAAAUAUCGAUAUUUCUUCGUUUUUGCCGCCUUGCUUUUGGCAGGCUGUGCAAAUGCUGAAGAUGGGGCAGAAACAGUUGAGCAAGAUAUUGGUGCUGGCAUGGAAGGCUCCAGGACUGAUGAUAACGUUAUUGCUAGGGAGGAGGAGGCAAUCAAGUUGGAUGGCCUUAAUGUUGCUCAGAUAAAAGAAAUGAGGGAGAAAGCAGAAAAACAUGUCUUCCAAGCAGAAGUAAAUCGGAUGAUGAAGCUGAUCAUUAACUCGCUGUACAGAAAUAAGGAGAUCUUCCUCCGAGAACUUAUCAGCAAUGCUUCAGAUGCUAUCGACAAAAUCCGGCUGCUUUCACUGACUGACAAGGAUGAACUUGAUACAAACUCGGAACUUGCUAUUAGGAUAAAGGCAGAUAAGGACAAUCACAUAUUACACAUAACUGAUUCGGGUAUUGGUAUGACGAAGAAUGAAUUGGUUAACAACUUGGGAACAAUCGCAAAGUCUGGAACAUCAGAGUUCUUUUCAAAAAUGCAGGAUUCGGCAACUUCAGAUGAAGCUGGAGAUCUUAUUGGUCAGUUUGGUGUUGGUUUCUACUCUGCAUUCUUGGUUGCUGAUCGUGUUGUAGUUACUAGCAAGCACAAUGCUGAUAAACAACACGUAUGGGAAAGUGACUCUGCUGAAUUCUCAGUUGUUGAAGAUCCACGUGGAGACACAUUGAAGAGAGGUACAACUGUCUCACUCCACUUAAAGGAGGAAGCUUAUGAUUUUGUCGAGAUUGAUACUGUAAAAGGACUCAUUAAAAAAUAUUCCCAGUUUAUCAACUUCCCUAUUUACCUGUGGGAAUCAAAAACUGAGGAGGUUGAAGAGCCUCUGGAUGAAGAUGAAGCUGCAGCUGAAGAGGACAAGGUGGAGGAAGAUGAGGAAGGUAAAGUUGAGGAAGAAGAAGAGAAGCCCAAAACCAAGAAAGUUUCAAAGACAACCUGGGAUUGGGUGCUUGUUAACGACGCCAAACCCAUUUGGACAAGAAAGCCAAAUGAAAUUGAAGAGGAUGAAUACAAUGAAUUCUACAAAACCUUGAGCAAAGAUUCCAAAGAUCCUUUGGCCAAAACUCACUUUGUGGCUGAAGGUGAAGUCACUUUCAAAUCACUCCUCUUUGUUCCUGAAGUACAACCAAGUGAAUCUUUCAACAAGUAUGGAACACGCACCGAUCACAUAAAGCUAUACGUUAGAAGGGUCUUCAUUACUGAUGACUUCCAGGACAUGAUGCCCAACUAUCUCAGUUUUAUAAGAGGUAUUGUUGAUUCUGAUGACUUGCCCCUCAAUGUGUCUCGUGAAACCCUCCAACAACACAAGCUCCUUAAAGUUAUCAAGAAGAAACUGGUGCGCAAAACACUUGAUAUGAUUAAGAAGAUGGAACCUGAAGAGUAUGAGAAAUUCUGGAAAGAGUAUUCAACAAACAUCAAACUGGGUGCUAUUGAAGAUUCUGCUAACAGAACUCGCUUGGCUAAACUUCUGCGAUUCAUGUCCUCUGCAAGUAAGGACAAGUUGACCUCUCUAUCAGAGUAUGUUGAAAAGAUGAAGGAAAAGCAGGAGCACAUUUAUUACAUGGCUGGUUCCUCAAGGAGUGAGGUUGAAAAUUCACCAUUUGUGGAAAGGCUUCUGAAGAAAGGGUAUGAAGUGCUUUACUUGACAGAGGCCAUUGAUGAAUACUCCAUUAACGCAAUCCCUGAGUUUGAAGGCAAGAAAUUCCAGAAUGUUGCAAAGGAAGGUCUUGUUAUUGAUGACAGUGAAGGAGCUAAGGAAAGAAUGGAACAGUUGAAGACCACUUAUGAACCCUUGACUAAAUGGCUAAGUGAAGAAGCUUUGAAAGAAGAGGUGUCCAAAGCAGUGGUAUCAGAGCGUCUAGCAGACUCGCCAUGUGCUCUGGUUGCUAGCACAUUUGGCUGGACUGGUAAUAUGGAAAGAUUGGCUAUUUCAAAUGCACACCAGAAAACUCAUGAUACUCACAGGGACUAUUACCUUAGUCAAAAGAAGACCUUGGAAAUCAAUCCCCGCCAUCCUUUGAUAAAGGAACUGCUCCGUAGAGUCGAGGAUGAUUCAAGUGAUCCUGUUGCUAAAAAUAUUGCUACAAUGAUGUAUCACACAGCAACUUUACGUUCUGGCUACCUGCUGAAGGAUACAGUAGAUUUUGCCAAAUCUGUUGAGGAAAUGAUGAGACAAACUCUUGGUGUAUCUUUAUCUGAACCGGUUGAGGAGGAACCAGAGUAUGAGGAGCAGGAGGAUGAAGAUGAACAGCUAUUAGAUGAAGACGAAGAUGAUGAUGGGGAGGUCGAGGAGAUGCAUGACGAGUUGUAAAUAAGAGGACUGCUUGUUUUGAUGUGUUGGGUAAUUUGUUCCCCCCCUUUUUUGAAAUAGAGGUAAUUCCAAAGAUGGCACUAGACAACUUGGUGAAGAAAUGGCUGUGUAUCAUCACUGUUAUAGCCGUGGUGCCAUAUCACAAAUGCUGUAAAUAUUUUUGACAAGACAAUGUUUGGAGCAUUUUGUUAAUUUCACAUGGUUAUUUGUACAAGAUGUCUGAAUGUCACAAGUCUGAAAGGCAGCUUUUGUUUGAAAGCACCUUUGCACAAGAUGAUGGUAUUUUAAAUGGAACGAACUCAAACUUGAUGAUAUAGUCUUAACUUCUGAGAAGUGACGCCAGUGACAAGGAUGCUAAGAAACAUUAUUUCAUGAGUGACUCUUACUAGGUUUAUGGAUCCAUUCCCUAGUGGGGAUAGGUGUGUGUAUGUGUGAAAGUCAUUUCAUUUUCAUAAAUAAAUUAUAAAUAUUUAGAA